CGGCACGCACUCAACUCACUCGCCGUUCUCACCCCUGUCGUAGCUAGUAGCUAGAAAACUAACUACCAGCGAGCUAGCUAGGUCAUCAGGGGGGGGAGGGGAGAGAGCUAGAGAGAGGAAGGCAGAUAGCUAGCUAGAGAGAGAGAAAGUGAGAAUGGAGAGGAGCAGAACGGCGGUGGUGUACGACGCUGAAUCCGGCGACGAUCAUGAGAGGCAAGGGACGGUGUGGACGGCGACGUCGCACAUCGUGGCGGCGGUGGUGGGCUCUGGCGUGCUGGCGCUGGCGUGGACGGUGGCGCAGCUGGGGUGGGUGGUGGGGCCCCUCGUCCUGCUGGGCUUCUCCUGCGUCACCUACUACACGUCGGCGCUGCUGGCCGACUGCUACCGGUACCCGGACCCCGUCGACGGCGCCGUCAACCGCGAGUACAUCGACGCUGUGCGAUGCUACCUCGGCCGGAAGAACGUGCUGCUCUGCGGCUGCGCGCAGUACGUCAACCUCUGGGGCACACUCGUCGGAUACACCAUCACCGCCAGCACAAGCAUGAUCGCGGUGAAGCGCGUCAACUGCUUCCACCGGGAGGGCUUCGGCGCCGGCGACUGCAACCCCUCCGGGAGCACCUACAUGGUGGUGUUCGGCCUCUUCCAGCUCCUGCUCUCGCAGCUGCCCAGCCUCCACAACAUCGCCUGGCUCUCCGUCGUCGCCGUCGCCACCUCCUUCGGCUACUCCUUCAUCAGCCUCGGCCUCUGCGCCGCCAAGUGGGCGUCCCACGGCGACGUCCGGGGCACGCUGGCGGGGGCCGCCGUCGACGCGCCGCGAGAGAAGGCCUUCAACGUCCUCCUCGCUCUCGGCAACAUCGCCUUCUCCUACACCUUCGCCGACGUGCUCAUCGAGAUCCAGGACACGCUGCGCGCGCCGCCCGCCGAGAACAAGACCAUGAAGCGCGCCUCCUUCUACGGCCUCGGCAUGACCACCGUCUUCUACCUCUUGCUCGGGUGCACGGGCUACGCCGCCUUCGGCAACGACGCGCCCGGCAACAUACUCACCGGCUACGCCUUCUACGAGCCCUUCUGGCUCGUCGACAUCGCCAACAUCUGCGUCAUCGUCCACCUCAUCGGCGCCUACCAGGUGUUCGCCCAGCCCAUCUUCGCGCGGCUGGAGAGCUGCGUGGCGUGCCGGUGGCCGGACGCCAAGUUCAUCAACGCCACCUACUACGUGCGAGUGCCGUGCCUCCGGUCGUCGGGGUCCUCGCCGCCGACUACUGUGGCCGUGGCGCCGCUCAAGCUCGUGCUCCGCACCAUCCUCAUCAUGUUCACCACGCUGGUGGCGAUGCUGCUGCCCUUCUUCAACGCCGUGCUGGGGCUCAUCGGCGCGCUGGGUUUCUGGCCGCUCUCCGUCUACUUCCCCGUCAGCAUGCACGUGGCCAGGCUCAAGAUCCGGCGCGGCGAGCUCCGGUGGUGGAUGCUGCAGGCCAUGAGCUUCGUCUGCCUCCUCAUCUCCGUCGCCGCCAGCAUCGGGUCCGUGCAGGACAUCGUGCACAACCUCAAGGCCGCCGCGCCGUUCAAGACUUCCGACUGAUCGAUUAAUCUUUAAUGAAUUAAUUAACUCUCUGUUAAUUAAUUUGUUAACUGUGAGAGGGCCACCGUUUCUUUUUUUUUUUCUCCUUUAGUUUUCGGCAAAUCUGGUCGAUCAAGUAGAGAGUUUUCUUGCUGCUGAUUUGGACUUUGGAGUAGAAGUAUAUAUAUGUAACCCUGCUUAUUAUGGAGCAAUGCAAGAAAAAAAUAACUAUUUGCCAAAACUUUUCACCAGUCUC